GCCCCUCCUUUCCCUCAGCCGCUGCCCGGCGUGUGGUGCAGAGAGCGGCUUCGCGAGCGAACAAGCGGCUGGAGGCGCGACAGCACCGCCGCCAGCCGGAGCCGGGAGGCUUAGGCUGCGCUGCCUGCGAAGCGGAGCGAACUCCUCGACCCUCCUCCUCCUCCUCCCCAUCCCGCCGUCCCCUCGUCAGGAAAGUGCGAGGAGGAGAAGAAAGGGGCGAACAAGAGCGAGGUUACACAACAGAAUCCUCUGAAGUGAUUAUAAAAAUGAAGACCUCCAGAUCAUUUCUCUGUCUUGGAACCUACAUUUUAAAGGAAUAUAUUUAAAUCUCAAGAAGAACCUAUUCUCUCACAUACCUAAAUUUGUUUAAUUUUGAUGAAAGGACAAUGAGCUACUUUUGUUUUUUGUGUCUCUUCACUCUGUACAGUGAAAUCCCACUCUCCUCAUUUUGUUCAAUGGGAAAAACCUGAAGUCAUCAUCAUCAACUUAAAAAGAAAAUUUUGUAUGUCCAGAUCAAGUAUAAUGUGCCUCUAAUACAUUGCCAUAUUAUUUUCAGUAGUUGCCAUCUAUUUUGGUUAGUCUGAUUUUAAAUAUAUAUAUAUAUAUACUGAUUUGACAAAGUUUCUGGAUUGCUUGUAGAAAGUGACUUUCAUCCAUUUGAAAUGGCUCCUUACACCAAUUCUUUAAUGAUACUAAUAUGAAGCAUUGCAUUCAACGUUGCAUAGCAUUGUUAUCAAAUGACUUGCACAGACAGUGUUUCAAGUGCCAGCGGCCAACUCACAAUAUUAAAGAGUGUCCUUCUCUGUGCAGAGAUAAAAAUAAAGUUCUGUUGCACGUGGAUAGCAAACAGAUGAACUUGCUUGCAGUGCUAGAAGUAAGGACUUAUCACAGUGAAAGCUGGACUGGAUUGUUUUGCUUGAAGAAAGGAAAACUAUGCAGUUUAAUGUUUGGAUUAUUAAUAAUGAUGCUAGUGAUGGCAUCCUAUAUACUGACUGGAGCUAAACGUGGCCUCUUGCUGAUGCAGCCAGCACUACGAUAUGGAGCUUUUACUAGCAGUUCAAACUUAAUGGACAAUGAGAGCCUCUGUGAUAUGAAAGACCAUUACCAAACAUCUAAAAUGAAUAUUUCAUAUGCAAAGGAUUAUCCAAGCAUUAAAGUAAUUAUUGACACAAUUACUACAAACAUUGAGUUUAUAACUAGACAUCUUCCAGACUUAGAAGAUUUGAAGAAACAAGAGAUGCAUAUGUUCUCCGUAAUUCCUAACAAGUUUCUUCCAAACAGCAAGAAUCCUUGUUGGUAUGAAGAAUACAAAGGAAACACUACUAGGGAUCCUUAUGCUACAAACUCAUAUGCAUUGUAUUCCAAACGUUUUAGGACAAUAUUUGAUUACCUUAGAAAGGUGUUUUGGAGCCAUUUGUAUCAUUACAAGGAGAAGCACUACCGGCUACGCUGCCUUCCCCAUUUCUACAUCAUAGGCCAGCCAAAGUGCGGAACAACAGACCUUUAUGAUAGGCUCAGGUUACAUCCUGAUGUGAGAUUCUCAGCAAUUAAGGAGCCUCACUGGUGGACAAGGAAAAGGUUUGGGAUAAUUCGUCUGAGGGAUGGAUUUCAUGAUCGCUACCCAGUGGAAGAUUACCUGGACUUGUUUGACCUGGCUGCUCAUCAGAUUCAGAGUGUGUUGCAGGGGGACAAUGCGAAAGACUCCAGCAAGAUAAUUAUUGGAGAGGCGAGUGCUUCGACAAUGUGGGACAACAAUGCUUGGAUUUUCUUCUAUGACAACAGUACAGAAGGGGAGCCUCCAUUCUUAAUACAGGACUUCAUCCAUGCCUUCCAGCCAAAUGCAAAGCUGAUUGUUAUGCUUAGGGAUCCUGUUGAAAGAUUGUAUUCUGAUUAUCUUUACUUUGCAAGUGCUAACAAAUCUGUAGAAGACUUCCAUGAAAAAGUGGCUGAAUCACUGCAGCUCUUUGAAAAUUGCCUGGCAGAUUACUCCCUGAGAGCCUGUGUGUACAACAACACCAUUAACAAUGCCAUGCCCGUAAGGCUCCAAGUUGGUCUGUAUGUUGUUUUUCUCUUGGACUGGCUGACAGUUUUUAAUAAAGAUCAAAUACUAGUUCUCCGCUUGGAGGAUCAUGCAUCCAACGUUAAGUUUACUAUGCACAUGGUGUUCCAGUUUCUGGAUUUAGGUGCUCUAAGUGAAAAAGAAGAAGCUCUAAUUACCAAAAGUCCUGCAUCAAACACUAGGAGGCCUGAAGAUCGCAAUUUGGGCCCUAUGUUACCUAUCACAAAGGAAAUUCUACGAGAUUUCUAUCAGCCUUUCAACACAAAACUGGCUCAAGUUCUUUCUGAUGAAGCUUUUUUAUGGAAAAAAUCCUGAUGUGUCAAUUCCAGUACCACAAACACAGUGCUUGGGAUUAUUUUUAAAUCUUGUUUUCAGGUGUAAGCAAUUGCCCACUUUGAGACCAAGCAAGCCUACUGCAGUUAAAUCUUUGUCUCCACGUUCAGCAUACAAUAUGUCAACAAAGUUAUAUCAGAUUUGCCAUAGAAGAACAUAAAGCUCUAUCAAUGUCUUUUGUAAACUUUUCUCUCUCUCAGCAAACAGUGCGCCAAUAGCCUUGAUAUGAAGCAGUCUCGCAUUCUGUGGUUAUGGUUUUUGAAAUGCCAUUUUUAUGCUAUUGUUACAGUACAGAAAGCACUAGCCACCUAAAAAUGCACAUUCAUUCUAAUUUUUAAAAUAUGUCUCGCGUUCUUUUGAAACUAUUCAAAACAGCUUUUUAACCAUUAAAAGUUAAUUGAUUUUCAUCUGGAAGUCUGUUUUUAAUUUCAACAAACUCUUCAAUAUGUGUUCUCUUUGCCCAUAAUAAACCUAUUGAAUCUG